AAGUAAUACCUAUGUAAGACAGGGGCGCACAUGCAGAGAGAGAGGCCUGGUCCCAUUCUUCGUCUAAUGGCAUUGGCACGGCAUGAUAGGGACGGGUCGCCAUUCUUAAACGCACGCUCCGCUACCUCUCGCCCCUUGCGUAGAACGCAUGGUCGGAAGCUCUGCCGAUGCGAGGGAUAGUCGAGAAGCCGGCGAGUUCGCACAUCCACUUGCCCGCUUGCGUGCAGAUAGUGAAGAAUGGCGCCAUUGCCGUCCUAUCCCGUCGCCGCCCUCGUUCACGAAGCCGCGGGCUCGUUGCCGGGGGGGUCCCGCUCUCGGUGUGGCCCUGCCGAAUAGAACAUACCUAUUAAAUAACGUUCCUCGAGGAAAUGCCAAGUCGAAGGUUGUUGGUGAGCCAUCGUCUCGUCUCUCGUUAGUCCCAGCGCCUCUAGAUAGAAAAGGUCUCGCGGCAUUACGCCGCUUCCGCCUAGAUAAAGACCACAACACCCCGUGGCAUGUUUUCUCGUCCUCUUCAAGGUGCAUACGAGGAUACCCAGGGCAGAAAAGAGGAGUAACUGAGGAGGCAUCGGUGGCAGCGGGAGUUUCUCCACCGCGCCUUAUCAAUGAUCCCUACCGCUGCACCCUCUGGCACGACCACCUCUUUGGCGUGAUCAGGUCCAACGCAGACGCAAUCGCGGCAUGUGUCACGCAAUGCAGCAGUCUUAACGGUGUACGGACACCUUAUUCCCCCUUCUCCUCGAGAGCGGAGGGGGGAGGAGAGAGAUCCUUAAAAGCUCCAACGACUACCUGAAAGUCGCUGUUGGUUGACCAAGCUCGACCGCCCCUGUUCUUACUUUCCAGCCCAAGCCGUGUUGCGAGGAUAAACUUAAUAGCUCCCCGCGACGCCA